GGAGGCCUCCCGAUGAGUUAAAAUGGUGCUGAGGCUCGAGGGGAGCUGGUCGCUGCUCGUGGGCAAGAGGUUCCUCAGCCUGUCGGAGGAAGACGACAGGUCGUGGGACACCAGUCGCAUCUCGGAAUGGCCGUGGAAGUCAGGCAGGAUCCGAGCAGUUUCACACACGGACAUAUCCAAACAAGACCUGAAGAUUUGUGUAGAAUUUGAUGAUGAGUCAUGGGAAAAAAGAAGAUGGAUAGAAGUCUACAGCCAUAAAAUGAAAGCAUUCCUGGUGGAGCAAAAGCUGGUACUGGCUGAAAGAAAAUCUCAAGCCAAUUCUAUGUCUCCUGUCCAGUGGCCUGCAAUGACUUACAAAUCCUUAGUGGACAAAGCUGGUUUGGGAUCAAUGGUUUCAGUACGCUAUCUUGGUGAAGAGAGAUGUGUUUUUCUUUCUAAAGACCUUUUGACACCUAUUCAGGAUGUGGACAGUUCCAGGCUUCCUCUUAAGGAUGAUCAAAGUGUUAGUGAAGAAAUUCAGGCUUUGGUUAAGAAACACCUAGAUGAAACACGCUUGGUGCAAGGUGGAAAAAAUAUAAUUGGUUCAAAAAUUAGAAUUUAUAGCCUGGAUCCAUCUACUCAGUGGUUCACAGCAGUUGUUGUCAAUGGUAAUCCAGCUACGAGAACUCUAGAAGUCAACUGUCAGGAGAUUCCAGCUUUAAAAACUCUUGAUCCAGAGUUAAUUCAUGUUGAAAUCAUAUAUGACAACAAUGGAAAAUGUGAUAAAUCUAAAAGAAUUGGGGGCAUGAAAAGGAAGUCAUCUGAGAAUAGUGGAAGUGUUGAUGCUAAACACACAAAAUCUUCUCCUGAGGUUUCUCCCAGUCAGGGACAUGUGCAGUCAGUACCAACAGUGUUGGGUGAAGCAUUGCUAGGAUGUACUCCUGCUAAUAAAGACCAAAGGCAUCAAGGCCUGCCCCUGCCAGCUAACUCACCACCCAAUCUUGGUGCAGAAACUCCUCAGGGCACGUGUAGACGAAGCUUACCGGAAACUCAUCCUUCUUGUCUUAAUACUGGAAUUAAACCACUGAAGGAAGAUCUGACGGCCUUUCCUAAAGUGGGAUUUAUAUCUAAAGAGCAAACGCAAAAUCUUAAGGAUCAAAAUGGUAAAUAUACCUCUCUGACAACCUCAAGAUCUUCAUCUUUGACCAAUUCAGCUAAUGAAAAAGGAACCAACCUGAAAAAUACAAAUGAACCUCUUAUGAAGCCCACAACAAACUUUCCAAAAGAGUGCAUUUCUGUGAAACAGUUGCAACAUCUUAACUCUUCCAUAGCAAUACCCAGAGUCAGUAGCACUGUUGAACUGCAGCGGACUUUAGAUUGUAGACCCUCAACCUCAGAUGCUCAUCUUCUCUCUUUCACUGAGUCUGGAGUUAAAUCACAAAGCAAUUGCAAUAGCCAGAACAGCCACAAAGGAAACAAGAUUGAUGAACUUAUAGACAUGGAAUUUUUUGCUAGAAGAAAUUCAAAUGAGAUUCUUUAUGACAGAAAUGAAAAUGAAAGCUUUUGGACUGGAAGUGCCAAGGUCCAGGAUAAUAUAAUUGUUCGCAAGUCAAUUUUAGCAGAUGCUUCUAAAGUGAAGAAGCUGCAGCAAAGUGGAGAAGCAUUUGUACAGGAUGGUUCCUGCAAUAAUAUCGCACCUCACUUGCAUAAAUGCAGGGAAUGCCGUUUGGAUAGUUAUCGGAAGAACAAAGAGCAAAGAGACUCCACUGUCUUUUGUCGAUUCUUUCACUUUAGAAGGUUGCAGUUUAAUAAGCAUGGAGUACUGCGUGAGGAAGGUUUCUUAACUCCGAAUAAGUAUGACCCUGAGGCUAUUAGCUUGUGGCUACCUUUAUCAAAAAAUGUUGUGGGUCUAGAUCUCGACACAGCGAAGUAUAUCCUAGCCAACAUUGGAGAUCACUUUUGUCAGCUAGUGAUAUCUGAAAAGGAAGUUAUGUCUACGAUUGAACCACACAGUAAGAUCAAUUUGUAUUAA